AUGUCUUCUCCACAAACUAGACCAAUACAAUGUCGAAUCCCAGCCGAUGACACAUUAUUCCAUGAGCAAAAUUUUCAACCAGUGAAGUCUCCUAUUUGUCUUAACCCUUGGUCACCGCCACGCUCACUACCGAAGAACCAAACAUACAUACAGGUGAAUCUACCAAAUGCAGGAGUCGUGCCAUGGAAGACACCCCAUCAAAAUACAAAAUCAAAUGAUACAUAUUCUCAGGGGAUUUAUCAAACUAUAGACACACGAUUUCUAAAAAUCCCACACAUGAACACUUCACCAGAUAACUGUGCAUCUAUGACCGAUUCGAUUGGUGGUGUAACUCCUACGAUAAAACGAGUCAACUCAAAUAAACUGCAUAUUAUAAACACAAGUCAGGAAAAUAAUAACAGUGGUAAAGUUCACUUUAAUAAAACAAAAACUACAUCAUUAUUCAAAGAAAAUUCUCAACAUGAAAAUGAUAACUUACACCUGUCAAAAAAUACUGAAUCAGAAAGCAAUAAAAUAAGUAAACCAUUACUGCAAAAACCGUUGUUGCAAAGAGCCAAUUCUGAAAGAUCACCUUAUUUCCAAACAAGUUUUGUAUAA